AUGGUACCAAUUACUCUUGUCUGUAGUGCUGGUGCCACAUGGCUGCUGCCAUUCGACGGCAACUGCUUCAUGACCAAAGGCUCGUGGGACGGCAUCAAGGAAGGCUUCAAGAAACACGGCUGUGACACUCGCUAUAUCACUGUGCCUAUGGCUCGGUUACAAAGCAAUGACCGCCUACUCGAUGCCGACUUCGCCCCAGAGGCAACGGAAGAGCCGCAGAUCAUCUUCCGACACGACGCAAAGGAACGCUUUAAUGUGAUGAUGCGCUAUGGCAGACGCCCAAAGGUGGAGUUGCUAUGGCGACUAAAGGUUGCUGGUCCAUGGGAUCGGUGGCCGCAGUCAAUCGGCCCGUGGGAGAAGAAGGAGUGGGAAGUCUCGGAUGAUGUGGGUGAGGGUGAUCGGGCUGUGCCAAGUGCUGGCUGGAUUCCCAGUGUAUUACUAAACUGA